AUGCAUCAAGAUCCCAAUGACACUAUGCAGUCAGACAUACCCCCGACGCAACCCAUCGUGGAACGAGACCCCAAGCAUCCAUCAGAGCCCUCAACGCGCACUCCAGAAGCCAUGGAGCAGCCAUCCGAGACCCCCAAACGCACCUCAGAAGCGACAGGACGGACUUCAGAAGCCAUAAGGCCCAGUUCACAUGCCGCAAAGCCCACCUCAUCCACGUUGAACGACUCACCAUUCAUACCACUAUCGAUGCGAGCCCUCUACUACACCCCAGACGGAUUAGACAGCGAAAUGUCCGACGGAAUCCCGGAAGGAGAAAUCAGCGAAGCCCUCUCGCCCGACACAAGCACAAGCAUCAUCCGCCAGAAAGGAACAAAUCUCGUCUUCGACGCUGGCUUCCCAACCCCGCAGCCCUCUGCUCAGCAAUACCUGCUGAAGAUCACCACAGCCGCAUUCUGCCAUGACGAGAUCCGUCUCGCCACACUCCUCAACCCCCCAAACACCACGCCGCAGAUCCCACUCCACAGUCUCUGCGGGACAGUCAUCAGCACGCCGCGCGAAGACGACGAGCGGGAAGAAGGCCCGAGAUUCAAAAUUGGAGAUAUAGUUUUCGGCGUGGUGAGCUAUACUCGUGACGGCGGAGCGGCAGACUAUGCAGUUGCGACCGAGGGUGAGCUAGCACUGAAACCAGACAAUAUCACUGUAGCUGGGGCAGCGGCACUUGCGUUGCCGGCGUUGACGGCCUGGCAGGCGCUUUUCAGGUAUGCCGGGCUUGAUCCCAAUGUGCCUGGCGGGCUGGGUGAGGUGGAUGAUGAGUUUGGGAGUGGUGGGAAUGGGGUGGGACGGUGGCUCUGGCAGCGUCAACGCCGUGAGUCCGUACUAGGUAGCAAGGAUUAUGGCUACGGACACCGCAAAAGCACAGUUGCCGGUAACGGCGGCAUGCUAAAUGAUACUACCAGUGGUACUGGCAGCGGAGCUGAGAACGGGCGUUGGAUUUGGCAGUGGAAUGGCCGCGGCUCUGCACUCAAUGGCAAUGCCCCUGGCACCAUCAAUGGCAAUGGUGAUGACAUUGACAACAUCCCUCCUGCUGCUAGAGCAGUCAAUUCCACUCCUAAUCCUAAAAAUGUGCGUCGCGAGAGCCUAAUCAGUCUCGUUAGCGGCAAUCCCAGUGGCAAGAAAACCAUUCCUCGCGCUGCCAGCACAGUCGAUCCCAAUCCCAAAAGUACUGUCCGCCGCAACAGUUUGAUAACCCUGAUCAAAGGCAAUACCGACGCUCCAGCUACUCGCGCUGCCAGCACAGUCGAUCCUACUACCGGUGCCGAUACAAAUGGAAAUUCGCGCCGCGCCAGCCUGGUCGACCUAGUCACCGGCAAUGGUAGCUCUGGACGGCGUGGCAGCCUGCUAGGAAGUAUAAUUGGUGGCACGAAUUCCAAUGGCAACGGGAAGCAAAAACUGCCCAAGAUCCGAGUGCUCGUCACUAACGCCCGUGACAAUGACAUCGGCCGGAUCGCGGUGCAGAUCCUGCGAGCUGAUUCGCUCUUCCCCAUGGCUGUCCGGCCGUGGAUCUGUGUAACCUGCACGCAAGUCGAAGCCGACAUCAUCGAGAAGGACUGGGAAGUGGACGAGAUAGUCAUCAUCCCGCACCUCCCAUCGCCGGAGGAGUGUAAUGUCGAGAAGGUGUUCCGCGCGCGUCGCUGGCAGCCCGUUGAUAUCGUGCUCGACUGUGCCGGCGGCGAAGUAUUCCGGGCAGCUCAUGCUGCUGGUGUUGUUAAGGACUACGGGGCUGUGUUAACUGUUGUAGACGGCCAGGUUGCGCAGCAGUCUCCGCUUGUUCCCGAGAAGGAUUUGCUGGGCGAGAGGAAGCGGGGGAUUAAGAGUCGGUUUGUGCCUGUUAAUCCUGAUGGGCCAGCUAUGGAGCGGAUUGCAGAGUUGGUGGAGGAGAGUCUGGUACGUGGGAGGGAGAAUACUAUUGUUGAUAUUGCGCGUGCGGCGGAUCUUUUGGCUUCUGGAGCUGCUGGGACGGCGGGAAGUCGACGUGGUGGGAUGGUAGUUGUUAGGAUUAAUAACGUUGCCUAUACUUAG